UGGGGGCGACUUCCAUUUUGUGGAACGCCGGAGCUGCUAAGUGCGUCAGUUGUGGAGAGACGAGAGCGAGCUGUGUCCCGGUCUGUGGGGAGGCAGACGACUCCGUCACAGACUGCGGGCCUCUCCGGGUCUCGGCCGCCAAGGACCGCGUCCGGCAGGAAACACUAGCCGGACAUCAUGAGUGGCUGUCGGGUGUUCAUUGGGCGGCUAAAUCCAGCGGCGAGGGAGAAAGACGUGGAAAGAUUCUUCAAGGGUUAUGGACGGAUCAGAGAUAUCGAUCUGAAGAGAGGUUUUGGUUUUGUGGAAUUUGAGGAUCCAAGGGAUGCAGAUGAUGCUGUAUAUGAACUUGAUGGAAAAGAACUGUGCAGUGAAAGGGUUACUAUUGAACAUGCUAGGGCUCGAUCCCGAGGUGGACGGGGUAGAGGACGCUACUCUGACCGUUUUAGCAGUCGCAGACCUCGAAAUGAUAGACGAAAUGCUCCACCUGUAAGAACAGAAAAUCGACUUAUAGUUGAGAAUUUAUCCUCAAGAGUCAGCUGGCAGGAUCUCAAAGAUUUCAUGAGACAAGCUGGGGAAGUAACCUUUGCGGAUGCACACCGACCUAAAUUAAAUGAAGGGGUAGUUGAGUUUGCCUCUUAUGGUGAUUUAAAAAAUGCUAUUGAAAAACUUUCUGGAAAGGAAAUAAAUGGAAGGAAAAUUAAGUUAAUUGAAGGCAGCAAAAGACACAGUAGGUCAAGAAGCAGGUCUCGAUCUCGGACCAGGAGUUCCUCUAGGUCUCGGAGCCGAUCUCGUUCCCGUAGUCGCAAGUCUUACAGCCGGUCCAGAAGCAGGAGCCGGAGCCGGAGCAAAUCUCGUUCUGUUAGUAGGUCUCCUGUGCCUGAGAAGAGCCAGAAACGUGGUUCUUCAAGUAGAUCUAAAUCUCCCGCAUCUGUGGAUCGUCAGAGGUCCAGGUCCAGGUCCAGGUCCCGCUCCAGGUCCAGGUCCAGAUCAGUUGACAGUGGCAAUUAAACUGUAAAUAACUUGCCCUGGGGGCCUUUUUAAAAAAAAUUCCCAAACCAUACUUGCUAAAAAUUCUGGUAAGUAUGUGCUUUUCAGUGGGGGUGGGAUUUGGAUGGGUUGGGUUGGGCUGGAUUUCUUUGUAGAUGUGGACCACCAAGGGGUUGUUGAAAACUAAUUGUAUUAAAUGUCUUUUGAUAAGC